AUGGUACAUACAAUCACAAUGGAAGCCCUCAUAGGUGAAACAAUAUAUCUUCCAUGUAAUGUGAGCACCCACGAAGUUGGCGAUGACGUCGUUUUAGUAUUGUGGUAUCGUGAGGAUAAAGGCACUCCAAUAUACAGUGUGGACAUACGUGAUAGAGAUUUCAAAGCAGCCAAACGAUGGUCGGACGAAACUGUAUUCGCAAAUCGUGCAUAUUUUUUAUUCGAAAAACAACCAGGUGAACUGGCGGUACAGAAUGCUAAGGACACAGACACUGGUGUUUAUCGUUGUCGCGUUGAUUUUAAAAUGGCUCAAACUAGAAAUAGCAAAGUAAAUUUAACAGUGAUACUUCCACCGGAUAGAAUAAGUAUACGAGAUGAAGCUGGUGUUGACAGGGCGUCAGUUGUUGGACCGUACAGCGAAGGCGAUACAGUCAGCUUGAAAUGUGAUGUUUAUGGAGGUAAACCAGCGCCAACGGUGACAUGGUAUCGUGACGACUUGCCAAUUACAGCUGAAACAUUUCAAACACCUGAACGUCGCAACAUCAGAAGUGAAAUAACGCUUGGUCCCUUAGGAAGGCAAGAUCUGAACACGAGACUGUCGUGUAAAGCGAUUAAUCAUCCGAGAGCUACGCCACUAGAAUCAACCGUCCAAAUUGAUAUGAAUUUUUCUCCACUCAAUGUACGUCUCCUCGGGGCGCAUCAGCCACUAUCGGCUGGACGUAGAUAUGACCUACUGUGCCAGAGUGCAGGAUCCAGACCGCCUGCAGUCAUAACAUGGUGGCGUGAUGGACAACGUUUGGAAAAGACUACAGAAACGACAUCCAGCGAUGGAAACCAAACUACCAGCACCCUAUCUAUAACAUUAAAUCGAUCAGACGCUGGACGUUAUUUGUCAUGCCGGGCAUACAAUCAUGCUGUACCGUCAGAUGCUUUAGAAGAUGGAUGGAGAUUGGAUAUUCAAUAUAUACCAGAGACGAUCGUUCGGCUUGGCACAUCGUUAGAACCAGACGCCAUACGUGAGGGUACAGAUGUUUACUUUGACUGUCUUGUGUCAGCCCACCCAACCGUUUACAAAGUCGAAUGGAGGCAUAAUGGACGUAUGCUGCCACACAACAUAUCACAAGGUGUAAUAAUAAGUAAUCACUCACUGGUGCUUCAAGGUGUUUCACGUGCAACAGCUGGUAAUUAUUCAUGUGUCGGAUUUAAUGCGGAGGGCGAUGGUAUCAGUCCACCAUUUACAUUAAAUGUGUUGUAUGCACCGACAUGUGUUCGCAAUCAGAAACCCAUCUACGGUGUGGCAAAACAGGAACAAGCCCAAAUCAAAUGUAUGGUCGACGCAAAUCCAUCGGAUGUCGAAUUCAAGUGGACAUUCAAUAAUUCAGCCGAAAGUAUAGAUGUUGCAACCAAUCACGUCACACGUUCAGGUACGUCGUCUAUUGUGACAUACACACCUAUGACAGAGUUGGAUUAUGGUACGCUAUUAUGUGUUGCAACAAACCGAAUCGGAAGACAAAGGAUACCUUGCGCUUUUCAUGUGAUAGCAGCAGGGCGACCUGAUCAAGUGCAUAAUUGUACAAUAACAAACAUUUCAACAACAUCGUUAAGUGUUAAAUGUGCCGAUGGUUUUAACGGUGGAAUGAAGCAAUCGUUUAUGUUGGAAGUGAAGGAUAUGCAUACACAGGAAUUAAAAGUCAAUUACACCUCACCGGAACCCCGUUUUGCUGUGUCAAAUCUGGAAGCUGGACAUGCCUACAUCGUUUCGGUGUAUGCCUUUAAUGGAAAAGGCAGAUCGGAUCCGACCAUACUACAAACGGCAAUGUUACGUUUACCGGAAAAACAAUUAACAUCUGAAAAAGAACGACCACGGUCAGUACUUGCACUCACCCCAAUGCUAUCAGUGGUUAUUGGAUUGGCAGCUGCCAUUGUAAUUGGUGGAUUGGCCAUCAUACUAGCAUUAAGAGUCCCAUGUGGCAAACGCCGUAAACGAAAGGAAAUCUCACAGGGGAAUAUUACCGGCGAGGGGUCACCGGGACCGAGUGAUAAGAGUAUCGGUAGCAAAGAAAUUGACGGCAAUGAAAGUGAUGAAAAAAAUCCAGAUAUCAUACCAGAUACAAUGGACUCGGAUGAUCAGAUUGACUACAUCAGACGACGGCAACAUAUAUCAACGAUAGACACCAACAGUCCGACUCGAGGACUGCUCUCGCAUCAGGGUACGCCACCGAGUCAGACGUACGUCCCAUCCGGUAUACCAAUGCAUACACCCAUGGGAUAUUGUACAUUACGGAAUGGAACCAAACAGUCCGCCAAUAUUCCCGUUUCUAUGAGUCCUGUGCCAAACACUUAUCCAAAUCCACAAUCGACAUGUACGUUACCCAGACACCCCAAUCAACAUUGGCCUUCAUACGGCGGUACAAUAGCUGGCGUCCGGCACAUACCACAAGUGCAAAUGUGCGGACCACAACAGCCGCCGCCGUCACAAAUAGCAAUGCAACAUUUGAACACACGAUCCCGAAUGUGCAUUGGUGUGGCCGAAGACGAAGCAUCCAUCGAUACACCGUUAAUGGUGAAACGAGAAUCGACCGUAUGACUAUAGGAAUCACACAGAGUCGGUGAUACGGCUCUGUGAAACUAAGCAUCCCAGUUAAGUUGAAUUAAAGACAAUUUUCUUUGUUAAAUAUUUAAAAUUUAAAAAAAAAAUUAUUCAAAACAAAAACAAACAAAAAAAUAUUAAGGAAAAUUAUAGUAAAAAUAAUGAAAAUGAU